AUGUAUGUUAUCACUGCUGAGCACCCGAUUAGUUUCAAAUGUGACGAGUAUAUUCAUCAAGCUUGAUACUUUUGACCUGUUGAUUCUUUUUUUCAGCUGCGAAUGUUCUUGACCCUUCAAUCUUUCUGAUAAGGGCUGGGUAAUUAAUGCAUUUAAUCUUAGUUCCUGCCUCACCCAGCCACCAUGACAAAACAAACAAUAUCCCCAGUAUAUAUAAUGUCAUUUUCAACUGUAUCUGUCUUAAUCCGGGCAGAACAAGGAAUAUUCGCUGUGUAUUAUGGACGAUAGUUUUCUUAAUAAUAUCACAGUGAAUGUGGGAGAAUUUUGUGGAAACUGUAGAGGGGUGAAAAGACAUCAUGAACAGGUGAAUGAAUGGAUGCUUUGGGAAUUUGUCAGGAAACCUUUUUUGAUUUUAUGAAGCAGAGCUCUGGGAAAUCCUGCCAUUAAGCAGUGUAGCCCAGAACGAGCCCUAUGGCAAAAAUAUAAUUUUUUAAUAAUAUUAAUUUAUUAUAUUUUUAGUCUUAAUAUUUAUAGUAAAGGAAUAUUAAGAUGAUUAAUGUAUGUUACUUUCUUGCUUUCACCUCUCACCAUUAUUACCAGAUGUUUUUUGAUAAACAAAUGAUAAAGUCUAGAAACAAGAGGACUGUGUUACAUUAUGUAUUGUGUAGGUUACUGUUUCAGUUAUUGUUAUGUUCUUUUGUUUAUCCAUAACUCUCUCUACCUUUGGUUCUGUUAAUAGCAGCCUGCUGUAAAACUGUCAGAAUUAGCAUUUUUUAAUAAAGCUUACAAGCAUUUAUUCCAGACAGACACUGUUAUCAACUCAUCGAGAAUUGUGAAAAAUUAUUCCUCCAUACAAAUUAUUCUAUACCAAAGUUGUUUUUCUGUACGUAGGAACUUGAUGACUCAGCCAUUCAAGAGAAGAUUGACCAUGAGGUGCAUAUACGAGACGGAAUAGUUAAAUUGUUGGCUGCUUGCCAUGAGGAGGUUCAGGCUCUCGAGGCAUCCAAGAACCUUCUCACAAUCAAUGCUCGUAUCCUUGCUCUUAUGGCAUUGCUACAGAGACACAGGGCAAAGUCAGUCUUGAGGCGCAAAGGAUCGAGGUAUAUUUAAAAGUGUGACAUAUGUAGAAGUGUGAAUAGCGUGUAAUAACUUUAAAUGAUGGAACAAUAUCUCACGGGAAUAUAAGUUAAUAUAUUUAGGCAGUUAUUAUGUUAGGUUUCUUUGCAUUCUCAGAGAUCUUGCAUACAUAAGUUGAAGUAUGGGGGAGUGUAAGUAGGUUUUUUGAAGCAAGAAGCAAGACUUGUUCAUUACGUGUCGGUGUCCGUGUUUUAAUGAAAGUGUGUGUCACUGAAAAAUAUUGAAGAAAUGAGUGACAGAAUGUAUCUUGCCUCAUUUCAUGUCUAGCAUAGAAGUAUAGCAGUUAGUUUGUUCUUUUGUUGGAAACUGUUAUUCAAAAGUAAAAUAACACAAAAUAUUAUUUUAUUGUUGUACUUCAGUUUCUGGGCUGUAAAUGUAAAAUUAGGUCAAGCUAAUACCAGUAAAUUAGCAGCAACCUUCUCAGAACCACACAGGAUGGAUUUCAUUGCUGUAAUUUAGAACAUAAUAAAACCUAUGUAUACUGUAUGUGCAUUCCUGACCAUGCGUGAGAUGAAGAUGGCGGGAUAUUGACUUGUUCCUUUUACAGCAAACUUUUAAUUUGUUAAUUGAGGAUUCAUUAAACGGUAUAUCGCCCAAAUGAAUUUUUUCUCCUUUGAACUAAGUGAGUACUCCUGAUUUUGCAUCCCGGCAAGAUAAGCCUAAUUUUGCCUGCUUAGGUAGUCAAUUAGCCUGGUCUUGGAUCCAGCCUUGUAAUAAAGAUAGCAUUUGAACACUGUUAUGUGGAGAGAUUCUCUCCAAUUGAAUCAGCUCUUUUUGUCCUUUUAAAUUUCAGUUCAACAUCACCUCUGGAUUUAGAUGAUGAUGAUGCCCCUUGCAAAGCCCAGCUUUCCCUCUCAGGUAAAUUAAUCAAUGAUUGAUAGCAAGGUUGUGCUCUACCUAAGAUAAUAAUAUUGUAGAGAGCACAAAAGCUCCCCUGCAAAAGCAUGAAUAUUAGCACCACACUGCUAAUAUGGUAACAAAGUAAGAGCAAAAAGAUCAUUCAGUUUGAUAAAUUUUAUUAGGACAUGUGAAGGGUUGAGCUACAACCAGUUGCAAAAAUACUUUAGAGACUGUACUUUAUUUUGGGUUCAAUGGUCUGCUUUAAUAUGAUCUUGUGUUUGUGAUCCCCCUCCUCCCCUUAUCAAUAAUGCCAGCAAUACAAGACCAUGCUUAAAACUUGGANAAAAAUACUUUAGAGACUGUACUUUAUUUUGGGUUCAAUGGUCUGCUUUAAUAUGAUCUUGUGUUUGUGAUCCCCCUCCUCCCCUUAUCAAUAAUGCCAGCAAUACAAGACCAUGCUUAAAACUUGGAGGUACAACUUUGAUCAGAGAACAGGGGGAGAUGAGUAUUGUAUCUUAUAGAGGUGUGACUAGCAGCAAUUUGAAGUAAGAAAGGCCGGUUUUCCAUCAGAGUGUCUCAACAUUUUUUGGUUGUAGCUUUCAGGCCUUUGAAGACAAUUUGUCCCUCAAGACCUUUGUAAGGGAGAAACAAAAACAGAAAUUAUUAGGGGACAAAGAGUGUUUUGUCAUGACCUUAUUUCCUCUUAUAGUAGAUGUGUUUCAGUAAACAGCCAGUCAAGGGUGAAGUAUGCAAUCAUGCAAAUUUUUAUCAGAUUUCCAAAUAUGGUUAUGUUGUCACUGUGGAAAUAAAUUUAAAGUGACAAAUUGGCACAAAAUUGCAAGAAUGUUGCAAUGUUUUGCUCUGUCUCAAUAUGCUUGUGUUGAGCAAUACACACAUGCAUGAUAAGUGACACUUAAGGAAAAUGCAAAAUUAAGCAGGUACCUAAAGAAAACAUGGUAACCAUUUACAGGGCUUGAAAAAAACUUCAACUCCAGCAUGUCCUUUGGGCAAGCAGCUCUCACAUUUUGCUUGCCUGGGGCCUGCUUGCUUGUUUUAAUGUUUUUGUUAGAGGAUGACUUGCCUGGACCCUUGACCAUUGGGCAAGUCAGCCUCAGAAGUUACUCACCUAGUGAGGAAAUCUACUUAUCCCAGGCAACCGGAUGGGACUUUUUUCAAUGGCAAAAACAAACAAACAAACAAACAAACAAAAAGGUUGCAGUAUGGUUAUAUGGCCCAUAAUGAGAUGGUCAUGUAGUUUAUUGCCACAAAGAAGAGAAACAAAAUACCUUCAUUACUUAGUACCAAAAAGAGAUUGUUACCUACCAGAGAAGUUGACUGAAUUGUUUUUUUUGUUAUUAAAGAUGCCUUGCAAAGGGUCAUUGUUACUUACUGCAUUGAGUUAUCUGUAAGUAGACAAUUUACUUGUAACAUUCUGAAUCACAUUUCCCACUUGAAACUUUCUUCUUCAGAUAUCCGGGUCCCUUUGAUGUGGACUCAAGAUGAUCACAAUAAAACCAAAACAGGUACAUUGUUAUUAAAUCGUCAUUUUCUUAUUCACAACCUUGUUAAUACAUGAUGAUAAGAUUACCAAUGGCAAAUAGCAGAUGGAAAUCAUCCAUUUGCUGUAAAAGUGGUGCUUAACCUCAAUCUCUUCAAUAUGACCAGACAAUUAUUACCUCUGGUGAGACCAGUUAUCAAGUAAGAAAGGCAAACUGUAAAUCUGUUUUUAAAGUCAUGAAGGUGAUAUCUCUGAUAUUCACUAUGUAGUUGAUAAAGGCUACAUUACUAGCAGGGAGGUCAGUCAUGACCACCCAGUUUAUUUUGUCAGAUCUUUACAGCCUAUCAGUGUUAGUAUCAAUGGGGCUUCACUAGUAUUAAUUUUUUUUCUCCCUUAAUAAUCAUGACAUAUUCUUCCAGACUAUUGCUCAUGCAGUUGCCAGCUAGUAUUUUCAUCCAGAAUAUAGAGCAUUUUUUACUUAAUUUUUUGUUUUUUUAUGGUUGAUAAUGUUCUGAUUGGUCUUCUUCUGCAUCAUUUUUUUUUCAGAGCAACAUCUCUACUAUGUGUUCUGUUUAUUGAAGCUUGAUGGCCAAGUGUUGGACACUGCUCUUGUUGAGACUGAUGAAUCAGAAACAGACAUUUCCUUUGACAACAUAAUUGUCUUGUAUGUUUUCACUCUUAUGCUAACAAGUACUCCAGCUUAUAGUCUGCAUACAAUAAUUUGAAAACUCAAAAGGUGCCUCAUUAACAUUGUUUCAUUGAAACUAACUUUUGUAGUUAGUUGUCCUGGGACUAGUAGUGGGUGCCAUCUACUAGUCCUGAAGGCAAUUCUACUUGUCCUGUCUACCAUCCAUCAUCUGGCCAUGGAUGCACAACCAUGUAAUUCACACAUUAAAAAAUCAUAGUAAAGCAUGACUGAAGUUUUAAAUCAUAAUAAUAAACACUAAUGAAAAGCAUAAUCUUUUAUCUUGAGUUUCUUUGGCUAUAAGAAAUUAUUUAUUGCUUCCUUUGUGGAAAGACGAAUUUUCGUUUUUACUCUUUGGAAAAUUUACACAAUACUGACAAAACAUUUUUCCCAUCGGUUUCAUAAUUUGUAAACGAGUGAAUGACCGUUAGUUUCGAGCACUGAUUAAACCGUCCACAGCACUUCUACUGUGAUCCCAACUCUGAGUGCAUGUUCUUGGUAUCUAAAAUCUGCAGCUAUGUUUUAUAAAUUAAUAUAUUAGCUAUUAAACUAGACUACUUCCUGCAGGUUAGUAUGCUUAAUCCUGCUUAGUUUAUUAGAUCUGUUUGAUUCUCCCUGAAAAAUAGCUCCUCAUGUGAACAGGUCAAUUAAAUAAUACAGUCAACACCUUUUAUAGGGGGCACUGUAGGGUCCCCGAUUUAGUGUCCUCAUUAGGGAGAGUCUGUGAUAGCAGGAGUUUAUUUCAGUCAAACAUCUGUUAUUAAUUUAUUUUGCCCUAGGAUUUAGCUGCUGUUUGUUAUAGUGAGGUGUCUGCAAGGCGAGAGUUUAUUUUACUUUGUUAUUAUUUUUAGUUCACUACUGCCUUCUAUAAUAAACUAACUCGCUGCAAUUUUGUUUUAUUUUCAUACAGUGACAAUGUGAGUCAUGAUUUCAGACUGGACAUAGAGAUUUACUACACAGUGUCAUCAGACAGUGCAGCAAACAGAUUCACAGGAGCAAUGAGACCUCUUAGAAGAACUGCAGCAGGACCUGAAACUCCUAAAUUUAUACUUGCAGGACACACGCAGCUAACAGUUGACCACCUGAAUGACAGCGUCAAAUCGCAUGAUCUUAAAACUGGUAAGACACAAGCUGUCUAGGAAGUACAAAUUUUUUCAUGCCUGCAGAUUUGAUGAGGAAUUCGUUUCAAGGGUUUUAAGUUUGACAUUGGUGAUUUGUCACACAGUUUUCACUGCCAGUUAGGUGAGACUGGAAAUAGGGUAUGUAUAGGAGCAGCAGUUUCAUGGCAAUUUGUCUCUAUUGCAAAUAUCCAUGCAAUGUAUUGAUUGUUCAGGGAUUUCCUGCUCAAGGGAUUCUAAACAUAGCUAAGCAAAAAACGUUUACGCCAGAUAACGCUUGAGGUAACUGCUGCUUAAAGAUUGGGAAUAUAAGAAAAUAAUGUCAAGCACUACUAAAUUGCAUCAAAAAUUGCCACAUGCUUCUUAUUGUUAUCUUGUUCUUCAGUCAAUGAAAUAAUGAUAAUAUUAUUGUAAUAUUGUCAAAUAAAAAAUUAUGACACUGAACUGGUCAAAAUAAAUGUCACUUGUUAAUAUCAGUGCCAAACUUUGAGGCCAGUUUUUGGCAUGUUGAAUCAAACUUUGAACUCUCACUAGAAGAAAUUCAAGCAUACCGUAUGGUGAUUUUGUUACAAAUAGUUAUGGUGAGUCCUGGGACUCUUCUUGUGAAAAAUCAUGAGUCCCUGUCCCAUCCGUCAGGGACGCAGGACAUAGAGGUAACAAAAUCACUGACCGUAUAGCAUUUUAAAUUUGAAAGUCUAAGUGGUAGAAAAGAUGUGAUUUUCACUUUGCCUUCAUAAUGUAGGUUUAUAUGGUGCUAGCCCGAAUCGUUGUUGAAGUCUUAGGAGGUUAUACGGAGUCAAUCGGGAAACCCCAGUCUAGACGACAGCAGAUCGUCGGUCUGGACGUACACAUCUCCUUGGCGUUUACUAUGGAUUCCUAGAAAUACAGGUAUCAUUACAACAGUAAUGGAACUAAUGACAAACAUAAAAAAAGUUAACCCCAUUGCUAGAGCCAACAGCACUCGUGCAUGCUCCGAUUGUCCUGACCUGGCUGUCUAUAUGGAGAAGAGUUGGCCCAGCUAGGAGGGUGACCCUAUCAUCACAAAAGACCCUCGUAGCUGGGUCACACCUCUAGCCAAGCCAACUUUUUGUUUACCCAUUUUAAAGGAAAUUUAUGAAAAGUUGACUCUCCCAUUGUAGGUUGGAUAGUCAACUGACCUUUCUACCCAGGACAACUUAUUGCCUGAGUGACUCCUGAUCUAAAAACCAAUUCUCCCGUUGAUUGAUUUGAAUAUACAGAGCAAACAACUGGGAGAAUCUAGCAGAAAAUCAGAAGUCCCUUAGAGCUUUAUUCCACUGCGCCUUUAUUUAAAUUUCUUUAUCAUAAAAAUUAUAAAUGCCUUCUAGAAGUUGACUAUGGCUAGAAGGGUGACCUUCUUUCAUGGGACAGGUUUUCUCCAUAUAAACAGGGUCUCAGGACCCUUUUUCCAUGGACCCCUUGCGUUUCUAUAGAAAGGCCCAAAAUUAUGCCUGAUCUGUUGUCAACUUCUUUCUUUGUUCUAAAAGUAAAAUUAAUCUAAAGUUGAUGUGGACUUGCUAGCCUGUUUUCUUCAUUGUACUAACAAAUUGGCGAAAAGCAGACAGGUGCCUUGCUCACAUUUUGCCCUGACAGUUUGUGUGUUGAAGUCAAUGUUUUUUUUUUAUCGUGUUAUAUUCAGAUGAGGACAGGCAGCCAGUUUUCAUGGUGUCGACUAUGGUGUGUCUUGAAACAUGCAACCAUCAAAUGCUGGAAAAGUAAAGAUGACUCUAUUAACAAAGAACCUGUUGAACUGAUAGAAAUCAAACCAGUAAGAUGAUCUCAUUCAACCUCACUUAACUAGAAAAAUAUAUAGUCUCAAAUUGUAAAUUAGUGUAAAUGAUUUGAGCUCGGUUAGGCACCAAAGAGCAACACCGCAGCCCUGAUUUAAACUACAAUAACAACAACAACUUUAUUCUUUGUACAAAAAUACAAAAGUUGGAUAGUUUUUCCCGCAAAUAACUGGAAAGCUAGUCAUGGCAGGGCAAAACAAGUACAUGAAAAACAAAAACCUUAAACUAUUAGAAAGCCUUGCAGAAUGUAACUAAAAUAGAUAAAACACAGAAAUUAAGUGAUCUAAUUUACACAGCGCUUACUGACGUAUAAUGCAUUAAGACAAGGAGUCACCGACUCUUAAAUGAUAACACAGAAAAAGAAAAGCAGACAUUAAAACCUUUCGUAUGUACCUAUGGGGAUUUGAAUAUAGUCAUCCUCCUUUCUAAGAUAUCAAAUAGCAAUUUUCCGAUAACUAUGGAGGUAGUAGUUUUAGUGCAAUAGGAUAUUGUGCGAUUCGGUCAUCAGUAUACAGGUACAUGCUGCUCCAGCUUAACUGGACUAGGUAUUGAAUUUUGAUCAGGUGUGAAAUAGUUUAAGGAAAGGGGAUAUCAUAUUGGUCUGAAAUAACGUAGGGGAUUCAAGAAGCACAAUAUACAACCCUGCUCACAUUUCUUGGACCACCCCCUUCCCACACCUUGGCAGGGAGACAUAAAUCCCAGAUUCUGGGCUUAAUCAAUUGAACAAGUUUGAUUGGAAGUGGUUCCACCCUGUAGUGAGUUUGCCCCCCUAAAAGUUAGCCCCAUCAGGAAUCAAGUUUGUCGCAUAGUGAAUUAGCCCCCGCUAGUUUGCCUUGUAGGAACUUUGUUAACCACUUGCUUGUGUAGGAACUAUAUGAACCAAGGACGUGACAGUAAAAAGCAUCAAUAUGACUAUAGGUCCUGUGAUUCAGUGUUGUGUACUGACAGUUUUUGUUCUUGUUUUGUAACCAGAAUAUGGAGAUUGCAGACACAAUCAGCCCCACGUUUCAACAGCGUCAUAUUCUAAUUCUUACAAGCCAGAUGCCUGAGAAGGAGCCUGUGCUAGCCUCUAACUCAGAUGAAGAGUACGCCGGGUGGAGAGAUGCUUUGUACCAAGCCAUUCGUGAUGUGACCGCUUGGAAGGAUUCUUGUAGGCAGGAGAUGAACAUUGUUUACCCAAAACCAAAGAGACUUCCCUCGGUCGAAACCAAGACUUUGUAUGAUUCAAUAGAGGUCACGCUUAGUUGUACGACGGGUAAGUACACUGUGUACGUUUUAUGAUUUCUUUUCUGUCACUGACAAAUACAGCAUCAAAGCGGUUUCUUGCAACACUGUACUAUUAAGAGAAAAAAAAAUUAAAAAGCGUUUUCAUUUAUUCACGUCGUGAACCUACAGGGUUUAAUUCUAUUCGCCAUUUUCACAUACAUCUCCCGUAAUACACCUUGUUUUCCCCCCAAUAUAUUGCAUGAGCAUUAUCCUUUCCCUUAGGAUAACAUAAACACCCAGGGGCCGAGUUGUUCAAAGGCUGAUUAGCGCUUAACCCGGGAUUAAAUGUAACCAGGGUUUCUUUUUCUUUUGUUCAAAGCAUUUUCUCCGAUAAGUUUCUCUGUUAUUUCUAAGAGAAUCCAAUCUUAUCAUCAACUUGUUGACAGAAAGAAUUAAACUGAAUUUACUUUUUAAGCAUCCAAAUCUGAUUUCAAAUUACGCAGUAACCCAGGGUUAUCUUAACCCAGCUUUGAACAAGCCGGCCCAGGAGAAAUGAAAACAAAGGCUACGCAAAUUUUUUUUCUUGUGGUGGGUUGGGGGAUCAAGUUGUAUUAUGGGAGAUGUGCAAAUGGUGAAUGCUGGAUUUUGGGAAACUUUAUCGGCUGCGGUUUUAAGGAGGGGAAGGGAGGGGCAGGAGUAAGGGGGUAGCAAUUUUGGGGUGCACAUAAUCUCCUUUAGAUAGUGUAAGUUAUCUUUCUUCUAUCAUGCAACCAUUUCCUUCUCUUGCACCGCUAUAGUGUUUUAUUUUUAAUUUUAACUUGCACUUGCACUGAAUAUGACUUGAUUUCUUCAGAUGCUUCAUGACCUUGCCCGCCAUCUUGCUUGGCUGGAGCAUGUAACUCAGAUAAGUGAGUAUUCUCUCCUCAUCAUGCAGCCAUCGCUUUCUCUCUCACCUCCUAUUCGUGUAGCUUUGUGUAAUUUGUUUCGCUAACUACUGUAUGUCUCGUCUGCUCCACAACCGUUCUUUGUGUUGUUAUGCAACGCUCCUCCCCACAAAGUUUGCGUGACGAGGCAACAAAACGGCUGUGAAGCAGAUUACUGUAUGUCUGACCUCGCGACAUGUUCUUUCAUGAUCCUUUGCCCGCUGUAACCCUUCUGUUGAAUUCACUGUACGCUGUCUUGUCUCCAGGCAUCUUUGCUUGCUCUUACGCGGCGCACCCUGUUGUAGCUUGGUAAAGAUGUUUGGAUCCUACCCAUGACGCCCUGCACUCUAUGUUUUCUGCGCCAUAAUAGGGCCUGGAAACGAGACCGUGUCACGUGUCACGCGCAAAGCAACUGUUUUCACUUUCUAUUAGGGCAACAUUCACAAUAAAUUACAAAGCUGACCGUUACUGUCGUCGCACUGUAUCACUUAAUACUUACGCAAUCAUGCCCCACAAACUAAUAUAACCGACAUUAUUUAACACUGAAUCAUUGGAUAAUGCAAUUCUAGGGCUCUGAUUGGCUUAGCUAUCAUGGUAUAUGAGCCAUUAGUAAAAUCCAACUAGUGGUCUAUUAUCAAUGCUGCGUUCUGAUUCGUUGAGCUACUACUAGGCUAUAUGUUAUAGCCCACUAGUAGCGAAAAGCGGCGGCUUUGUGGCGGCAAAAAGGAUUAAAUUCUAGCUUUAACUAGCUAAAGUUUUUUUUUUCUCGAUAUUUUUUUACCAACUAGUUGGAUUUUACUAAAACAAUGAUUCCUCUUGCCCUCAUGGCCUCUGAGUCAAUAGCCCAUUGACUCAGAACCCAUUCGGGCUAGAGGAAUAAUUGUUAAUUAUACCAUGCUCUCCAAAUAUGGUAACUGUACGCGUCUAAAAGUCGGGAAGAAUUCUCGAUAUUUUGUGGGCGUUUUUAUUAAAACAAUUAUUGCACUGCGCUUGUUGAAUAUGAGAUGAUUAUAGCCUACUCGGCGCUACCCGUCUCGUUCGCUAUCUACCAUCUCAUAUCCAACGCGCACUCGUGGAAUAAUUGUUAAUUAUCGUCAUGUGAACCCCUGUAUAAGAGGGAGUUCCCGUUUUGAUGCCCUUUUGCCUUUUGGACGUUUCACUCUCGGCAAGAUUGACUCAGUUGAGAGCACUGGCUAACAGAGCGGGAGACCACAGCUUCGAUUCUCGGGGCCUAAACAAUGCUUUUAGGGUCUUAAAAAGCAGUAAAAUAAGGAACUGCCAUUGCUCCUCGUCAUGCAGACGCCUAGACCUUCGUGUGGUGCGGAUAACCACUUUCGCAAACCACUUUGCGGUCCUGCCCGUCUCCAGCACGGAAGAGUAAAACACCGUCCUCAGUUAGGACUUCGUGCUUUAUAGGUUGACACAUACACAUAAAAACGUUAAGCUUAAAACCCGCGUGUAAGAAUCAAGUGGUGUAAGAACCUGCUGGGGAAAAUUUAUCUUCAUAAUAGCCAAAAAUAUAAGAACCUGAUUAGCCAAGCAACAUCAACGAGGUUUUAAAUGCGGGUUACGGUUAAAUUAGGAUAAACAUUUUUACCAAGUAGUUUGACUUUGAGAUUUCAAAUUUAUAUCACAUAUUAUAUUAAUUUUUUAUUAUUUUAAAUCAUAUAUUUUAUAUUACAUCUAUUAUGUUUUCUGUUAUACAACUCGAGUUUUAGAGAUAACGCUACAUACAUUGUAUACAUUGUGUAGUUAGGGUAAUUAGGCUUAUCAUGAUACAGUUGUGAGUAAAUACUGUAUAUUUAUGGACCAAACCCAAGUUUUUCUGGUAGCGACGACUACAUCUCUUUCAUUAAAAAACCUACUUAGCCUACUUUAAUAGCUGCCAAUAACGAACCCAAAAUACAAGAACCAAUUUUUUUUUUUGCUAGACGUCCAAAAAUCUUGGUUCUUGCACGCGGGUUUUAACUGUAUUUCAUUGCUCACGGGAACAAUUUGAAUUGCAUGUGUCUUUAUUCAACAGACUAUGUGAAGAAUGACGCCAAACGUAGACCCCUUGGAGAGCUGAAAUCACUUCCUGCUGAAUCACCUAGUGUUGAAUGUACUUAUGAUAUCUGGCAGAGGCGAGUUCCUGAAAACAGAAGCUUUAGAAAGGCAAAAAGACAAGCAGGAGACGAAAACCGCGUGGUGAAUUACGAAACUACAAUCUAA